UUCUGUAUCUAGGAGUCUUAUUUUCUCGUCUUCCAACAAAGCGGUCUUCCUAACAUAUUCAUCUGAGGUAAAUUCGCGAGAAACUGACUGAAGAGCAAUGGAGAGGACAAAUUUGAAACAGUUUAUUUUAGACGCAAAUCCAAACUGGACAUCACUGGUGACGGCAGCAAUAUGCGGUGCAAGUGCAGUAGUUCUCUCGCUGAAAUGGAUUGGCCAUCAACGGAUUCAAAAGAAAAUGUUAAAAGCAAGAGACAAACGAGAUGCAGCACUUCACCAAGCGGAGCAAGCAGUUCUUCAGUUUAAAAAAUUGAAUCCAGGGUUGGAGACCACACCCAUCACCACUCUCUCGCUGAACGAGUUGACCAAAAGGUUGAGUGACGGAUCUCUGAGGCCGGAUUCUGUGUUGUAUGCUUAUUUGGAGAAGACUUUGGAAGUGAACAAGAAACUAAAUUGUUGUACAGAAAUUCUGAUGGAAUGCCAAGAGCAGUUGGCAGACACAGAAGCACACAGAGACAAACUGUUGUACGGAGUGCCUGUUAGCAUUAAAGAAAACCUGGACUACAAGGGUCAUGAUUCGUCCUGUGGGGUGCUGUGUAAGUUGGAGGAGCCGGCACUGAUGGAUAGUGUGGUAGUUACAGUACUGAAGAGACAGGGUGCCAUCCCUUUUGUCAAAACCAACGUACCACAAGGACUUCUCAAUUAUGAUUGCAGCAACCCCAUAUUUGGGCAGACUCUAAAUCCACAUAACCCGAAGAAGACGUCUGGGGGUUCGUCCGGGGGAGAGGGAGCUCUGAUUGGUGGAGGGGGUUCCAUCCUCGGCCUGGGGACAGACAUUGGUGGCAGCAUUCGUAUUCCUUCCUCAUUCUGUGGAAUAUGUGGAUUCAAACCAACAUCUGGUAGGAUCAGUUUACGUGGUGCCAGAUCUUGCGCCCCGGGACAGAAGUCAGUCUGUUCGUCUCUGGGGCCCAUGGCGAGAGAUGUGGACAGCCUGGCUCUUUGCAUGAGGGCGCUUCUCUGUGAAGACAUGUUUUCGCUGGAUCCCACGGUGCCCCCAGUACCAUUUAACCAGCAGGUGUACCAGAGUUCGGAGCGCCUGAGAAUUGGUUACUAUGAGAACGAUGGUUACCUUCAGCCCUCACCUAGCAUGGCCCGGGCCCUGCGGGAGACCAAGGCCCUCUUGGAGAGGGCGGGGCACACGCUGGUACCAUUCAAACCUCCUCAGCUGUUUACGGUCAUGCAUGAGCUCGUAGUGAAGGGUUUGCUCGCUGAUGGAGCCUCUACACUUCUCAGCCACCUUAAAGGAGGUCCCGUUGACCCCUGUCUGCGACCACAGACUGUUCCAUACAGUCUACCCACAUUCAUCAAGAAGAUUCUCAAUGUUCUUCUCAAGCCUGUGUUUCCACGUAUGGCUGCCUCGAUGAAAGCGCUGUGCGGAGUGGGUUCUGUUUCAGAACUGUGGAGACAGACUAAAGAUACAGAGGAGUAUAUUCAUAAUUUGAUUGCUGAAUGGAGGAAGUUGGAGCUAGAUGUUCUGCUCUGUCCUAUGCUGGGACCAGCCUACAAUUUUUCCUACUGUGGGAAACUCACCAGUGCGCUCAGCUACACGAUUUUUUACAACCUGCUUAACUUCCCUGCUGGAGUUGUGCCUGUAUCCGUGGUAACAGAGGAAGAUGAGGCUGAACUGACUCAGUACAGGGGCAACUUUGGAGACGUUUGGGACAAACUCUUUCCUCAGGCUGUGCGGGACAGUGUAGGUAUGCCAGUGGCUGUCCAGUGUGUGUCGCUACCCUGGCAGGAUGAGUUGUGUCUACGUUUAAUGAGAGAGGUGGAACAGCUAACCAGGGACCAGCGAAACACGCAAUAAUACAAUGAAUACUAAAUUAACCUUUGACCUUAUAUCUAACCCACACUCAUAAGAUGAUUGUAUCAUUUACACAAAUCAUUGUCACCUAAAUGUUUAGGUUAAAAGAAAUAUUUCUAUUCUAGUUAAAUGAUUAAUAAUUGAAUGAAGUUUGUUUCCUGUUAAAUACAGCUGAUAUCCCGACUGUAAAAUACAGUGAUUCGAGUCCUUUAA